AUGUCCUUACAACACGAAAAAGUUACCAUUGCACCACUGGUCUUACUAUCCGCUUUAGACCAUUACGAACGUACACAAACAAAAGAGAACAAAAGAUGCGUUGGUGUCAUUUUGGGUGAUGCUAGUAGCUCCACUAUUAGGGUCACUAAUUCUUUUGCCUUGCCAUUCGAGGAAGAUGAGAAAAACCCUGACGUAUGGUUUUUAGAUCAUAAUUAUAUUGAAAACAUGAAUGAAAUGUGCAAGAAAAUUAAUGCGAAGGAAAAGUUAAUAGGUUGGUAUCAUAGUGGUCCUAAAUUAAGAGCUUCUGAUCUCAAGAUCAAUGAACUGUUCAAAAAAUAUACUCAAAAUAAUCCACUAUUAUUAAUUGUUGAUGUAAAACAACAGGGUGUUGGUUUACCAACAGAUGCAUAUGUCGCCAUUGAACAAGUUAAAGAUGACGGUACAUCCACAGAAAAGACGUUUCUGCAUUUACCUUGUACUAUUGAAGCGGAAGAAGCAGAAGAAAUUGGUGUAGAACACUUACUAAGAGACGUGCGUGAUCAGGCAGCAGGUGGUUUAUCUAUCAGGUUGACCAACCAAUUAAAAUCUCUGAAAGGAUUACAAAGCAAAUUAAAAGAUGUUGUUGAGUAUCUAGACAAAGUCGUUAAUAAAGAAUUACCAAUAAACCAUACUAUAUUGGGUAAGCUACAAGAUGUUUUUAAUCUUUUACCAAAUCUUGGAACACCCGAUGAAGAUGAAAUGAAUAUAGAAGACCACGAUACAAUCAAGAUUUCAAACAAUUUACAAAAGGCUUUAACUGUAAAGACUAACGACGAAUUGAUGAUCAUAUACAUAAGCAAUUUGGUUAGGUCAAUUAUCGCGUUUGAUGAUCUGAUUGAAAACAAAAUACAGAACAAAAAAAUUCAGGAACAAAGAAUAAAGGAAAAACAAUCAAAAGAAUCAGACGACAUUGAGAGCGGUGACAAAGAAGCCGCUGCACCAUCGAUUCAACAAAAGAACAAGAAGAACUAA